AUGGUUGGCGAUACUACACUGCCGGCCACGCGCCGUACCACGCGCAAAUCGAUCAGCGCCAUGGAGAGAGACAAUGCGACUGUGGAUCUGGGCGCCGGCACCACGCUGGCGGACAACAGGAAGAAGUCCAAGUCGCGCAGCAAGAGCAUGGGUCCCGGAGGUUUAGACGCUCUCAAGGCAGGUUCUGGGAACCGUCGAGUGUCACUGGCAGGCCCCCCUCGGCCGUUGCCCCGGUCCAUCCUCAAGCCCACUAUGCCUCUCGCCGAGAUACCUGGCUACAAACCGAGGCACUCUUAUGCUCCAGGCGCAUCAGGUACCGAGAACCAACCGAACCUCCUCAGUGGCGACGACAGCGGCUCAUCAGGUACAAAAGUUGCACUGCGAACGGAAGAGGAACAACAGGCUGCAGCAAGGGAACGGGAAGAACGCGAAAGGGCGGCUCUAGAGAAGGAAAUCAAAGACAGGAGAGAGGCGCGCCGGAAGUCUCUUGCGAAUCGUCGAGUCUCGUUCGCCGCCGAGGCCACUCUGCACACCUUUCAUGAAGUCGAGUACAUGCAAGAAUCCACCACAUCCACGGACUCGACGCGCAGAGCAUCAUCAGCUGUCGCGGCCCCUGAGCCUGCACAACAAGCAGAGCAACCCGACCCGGAUGCGUCAGACACGCCAUCCACACCACCCGAGCAAAUCGAAGAGACCGUGUCGGAGUCUCCAGAAGACCAACGACACCUUCACCAAAGAAAUCGAAGGAGAAGCUCGGGACUGCCAUCUGGGAACGAUUUUGACGAUCAGGAUGACAACACUAUCGCGUCUACUGUUUACGACUCUGAUUCAGACGAGGGCGACGAUGUUGCAGAGGUACAGACCGAGGCAUCGGGAUCGGACAGUGACUCUGACAACGACGGGACAAUGAUGACAAUGGAAGCUGAGGAAAUGACAUCCGCAUCUCUGGCAUCGACAAGAUACGGAGAUGAUGCGGAUAAUACGACCUCGAGCCUGGAUGGUGCACUGAGAGAGGCUGCCCGACGGGCAGUCAAUCAAUCGCGAGAGCCUGAUGAGGACGAGGAGGUCAUUUCGGGCUUUAAAGGCUGGGGAAGAAAAGCGAGAGAGCAGCGAGAGGCUGCUGCCAGUUACCAGGAGCCCCCGUCCGAUGAAGAAGCCCCCUCGAGUCCUCUCAAGUCAAGUCCUGAGAAGUUGAGUGUCGAUGAGGGCACGGAAAUGGAAAUGGACAUGGACAUGACCAACGCCGUGGGUGGAAUCAUCCAAGAAACCAUCCCAUCAUCACCAGAUCAAGCAGGCCAGGAGGAUAUGUCCAUGGAUGUUACCAACGUAUAUGGUGGCAUUCUUCCGCAACCACAACCUCGGACGUACGAUGAGGGGUCGGCUCAGGAUGAACAAACUAUGGAGUUCACUACGGCUGUGGGUGGCAUACAACGAACCCCGCUAUCUGAUGACGACCAAGAGCUCCCGAGCGACGAGGACAUGUCCAUGGAGCUCACGACCGUCAUGGGGCGUGUGCUGGGUGCUAAAAAUAAACAGCUGAGGCAGUCUUUGCAACUAAGCUCCUCGCCCAUCAAAGAUCCAGCUGAUGGGGACGAGCCGAUGGAGACAACGAUGGAUGUAACCAGAGGAAUUGGCCGCAUCCUGUCGACCAGCAACGAGGAUGAUGACAUAGGCACUGAUGGUGAUAUCAUCACCAGUAUGGGACUUACCGCAGUUGAUGGUGGUAACGUCAAGCCUGUGUCUCCGGCAGAAAGGACGGCUGCGAAGAAGCUCAUGGAGCAAGAGGCCGACCAACCCGAAAUAACAACGACACCUGACCUCAUUUCAAUAGGAUCUCCACCAAAGCAGCCAUCGGUGCGAGCCGUGUCAGAGGACUCGCCCAACCUGGCCGCGUUCAGUGGCAACAAGCUGCGACGCAGCAAUGGCCUCCUGUUUCCUGCGACACCUAAGUCACCCGCAAAAAGCGCCAGUCCUGUGUCCCAACGGAAGACACGCUCGCAAGGACCGGCAUCACCAGCAUCGUCACGCAGCCCUGCACGGAGCAACAGUCGCACGCCGUCACCAAAGAGGCUAGGUCUCCCCUCAAGGAAUCAGUCACCCCAAGCAAAAUUCACACCGUUGUCUAAAUCGCCUGCUCGGCCGUCAAGCAGUCUAUUCCAGCGAGACUCUACGACUGGUUCGAGAACCCCUCUUGUGGUUUUGACUCCGCAGCGACCGAAGCUGUCGGGUGUGGGCGUGGACAGAAGUGGGAUUGGAUCACCACGUGUCACUGAGCUCCUGGGCAGACGGAGCUCGAUCGGAGAUUCUGCUGCCACGUUCAGUCCUGUACAGCUUCCGCAUCAUCGCAAGGCCGUGGCAUUUGAGGAUCCAAGAAUCAUGGAAGAGGAGCUCGACAGGGAGCGUCGCGACGAUCAAGACCGCGAGAGUGGUCGACGAAUUCUGGAGAAGGAAGCGGAUGAUGUCACUUCUAGUCUCAAAGAGAUGAUCCAGGGCUUAUCUCCAAAGAAGAAUCCCCUGAAAGGCCGCAAGAGCUUGCACGUCGGUAGUGCCAGGGGUCUUUUGGGAAAGCGUCCUUCUGAGUUGGAAGAUGACAGUGACGCGGAGGUGCAGGAUGGCGUCAAGAGGCUUAAAGGGCAUCAGGGCAGUCCCGUGAAGAAUAUCAGACUUCAACAGCCACCAUCCAAAGCCGAGACGACUGGAUCACGACCUAUAUUUCCAUCUAGUCGAGUGUCAGACGAUGCCGAGAAUGACACAAUCACCCCCACAACAGCUACAUCCCCGUUCAAAGCGACGACCCCCAAGGAGCAAGGGCGGUUCAAGAACAUAGACAACGACCAGCCCACCGCCACGUUCACCUUCCAUGCUACUCCACUGGCAAAUCUCGCCGAUUUGCAACCACCAGAUGACGAUGAGGAUAGGAUCCAUUUGCAGGACUUCCUCAACUUGACCAGCAUUCGAUUUAUGGAGCUGACAACCACAAAGCGGCGGCAUACCAUUCUGCCUUCAGCGCGCAAGAAUAGCCUCUCCGAAGACAAAGACAGCCUCUCUCUGGAAAAGUGUGUUAUCGCAGGAGCUUGCACAGUGCCGAUGCUCGAGCUCUUCCAACAUUCUUGUCGAGAAUUGAAGAAGUACAUCUCGGAAGGCCGAAAAAUCGUUCGCGAGAUUGAGACGGAGACAUUCCAGGAGAACCCACCUCUGUUCCGCGAGUAUAUCACGGCUUCACCAGAGUUCAAGAACCUGAUGGACAACCAGUUCAAGAACGUGAAAACCAAUGCUCGCCUAUUAAGCAAAGCCAUGUGGUACGACUGGCGAAUGAAGUUACAAGAUGGUCUCAGGGAGGGCCUGGUCAAGAUUGCCGAAGGCAUGACUGCGGACGAGCAGCUUCUUGAAAAGCAGAGGAAAUUACUAUCUUCCGUUUUACCUGCAAUGAUGAAGCAGCUAGACAACCUCACCCGGGAGUGUGAAAAUCUCGAGGCCGUUGCCAGCGAGCUGGAAGACUGCGAUCCUCAGGAACUGGAGGCUGCCCGUGCCGACCUUGCUGCCGUUGAAGAUGACAUUGAGGCGAAGAACAAGGAGAUCGCACGGCUCCGAGAACAGUUUCGAACAAGUGAGGAAAGUGUCGGACAGCUUGCGGAACAGAAGCAACGGUAUAUUGCAGACAUAAAGGAAGCCGAAAAGAUCAGAGAGGAAUGCCGAGGCUGGAGCUCCUCUGAGAUCAGCGCUCUCAAAGCCAAGGUCGACCAGAUCGAGAAGCAACACGGCUGGGCAAUCACAGGAGUGGUGGGGACCAACGUGUCAAUCUCCUACCGCCGCCAGAUCGAGCUUGUAUUCGACAUCGCAUCAUUCAGGUCAGGACAGCAGAACUCCAGUAUAGACCUCUGGUAUAUCGCAGCGAAGAGGGAGAGAAAGUCUAUGCCUUUGACGCCUGAAAAGGAGUUCUGCCUACAGCGCAUACGCGAUCACCUUCGUUGCCUGCCUCAGUCCAAAACCAAAGUGAGCUCAAUGCUUAGUCAAGUCAGCCGCGCUUGGGACCGCGCAAACGCGUUGGCCACACAGGUUUAUCAGCUGAACCUCGCGUUUCCAACUUCCGCAGCUCGCGCUUCAGAUUCUGCAAUCAUCAUCACUUCAUCCUUACUUUUGGCACCACUGCAGACCAAAGUUGAAGUGAGCUUGGGCAUCCAAAGCUUGGUCGGUGUCGAAGGUCUUGAGUUCAUUGUGUCAGCCCAGGCAACUAUUGUCUACGGUGAGCAGUUCAAUGCGGGCAAAAUGGCAGAAUUCUUGUCGAGCCGAAUAGGGAAGCGUGUCUAUUGUCAGUCCGAGAAGGAAAUUGAAACAUGGGAUUUGGCACCGUAG